AUGCAGGCAGAUACACUCGCCCGCGCCAUGGAGCCGACGGUGACGAGUACCACCAAGCCGUACAAGCCGUCGCCGUCCAUCUAUGAUGCCUGGGAAGACACGCUGCUGCCAUUUCUCGUCCCGGCAAUGGUGCUCAGUACAUGGCCCAUACUGAUGCUCAUGCGGACUCGCAGCCGCACCCCUAUCAAGCUGCUCACGAUCGCCGCGCUCGUCUCACUGGCCGACGGCCUCCUGGGCAGCUGCGCCUUUCCGCUGCAGCAUCAGUACGCCCUCUCUCUCUCCGCCAACUCGGCGCUCUUCUAUGCCGGCACCGCCACCUACUGGCUUGGCGGCUUAGCCCUGAGUCCGCUGAUGGAGAUAUGGGGGUGUCGGCGCUCCUGCAUGGCACUGGCCGUCGUGGGCAUGGUUGGUGCGUGGGGCAGCGGGCAGAGUACUGUCCUCUUCGCCCUUGUUGGUCGUAUAGCCAGCGCAGCAGCCACUUCUGGGCUAUUGACGUGGGUCGAGUGCGCGCUCUACCACGAGCCGCAUGUUCACCGCAGCCCAGCCGCCGACAGGGAUGACAAGGAUACGGCAGACAGUAACGGUGGUGAGGAGCUCAGCGACAGCGGCACACUCGCGCUAUUCCAUCAAGUACGUCCUGCUAUGCUUCUGCUGUCCACAGUCGCGUCGCAGUAUGUUAUGGUGGUGACACCGACGGUGUCGUUGGCGCCAUGUUGGGCGGCGUUGCUGUGCUACCUCGGCGUGUUCGUCGUCGCCUGCCGCCUCACUGUGCUACCUGGAGCGUCGGCUACCGGAUGGCCCCAGUGGACGGAGCUCAUUUCCUUCCACGUGAGCGGCAGCGGCAACGGGGUACAUGCGAAGAGCGCAAGCGUGAAAAAUGUGCCAGCGAGCGCCGUGAUGUCCGACGGCACCGCGGCUGCGCUGCUGCAGUUCAGCGCCAUGCCGGGCAGCAGCAGCAGCGCAGGCCACUCGCAAAAGGCGUUUUCCCAUGGCGUUCUGUGGCACUACGCGCAUUCCUACGGCACCUCGAUCCGGGCGCUGUGCCUGCCGCGCCACUUUGCUCGCCACGUAGUAGACAUCGUCUUUGGCGCCACCUUCUUUACGGCGUCGCUGCUGUGGGUGCCUACGCUGGAGCUGUUCGACGACAGCAUCCCGUUCGGCGUUGUGUUUAAGCUCUUCAUGAUAGCCACCUUCCUUGGCAGCACCUUCUCGCUCCCGGUCUGGGCCGUUGGCGGCGCGGAGGCGGCGGUGGUGGUCCUCCUCAGCCUCAGCGAACGCACCCUCUCCACUUCGCGCGACUACGCCAUCCCAGUGACGAUCAUGCUCAGCGGCAUCGUGCUGCACCUCACAUAUGGCUGCGUCCUCACCACGGGCAGCCUGUGGCGCGCCGAGUACCCGGCCUCUAGCUCGACACUCACGCUCUUGUUCACGAUGAAGGCCUGCACAGGCGUCCUCGGGUGGGUCUUCCUCAGCCUCAUCGACGGCAAGUAUAUGGAGGACGCCUUCGUCUUCGAGGCGCAGUGGAUGUGGGUGCUGAUGUGGGUGGAGGCAGUGGCGCUGACGCAAUACAUCGUCGCGCGCAUCGGCCCCCGUUUCAACCGCGGCGCUGUUGGUGCUGCUGCGACAGUGAGCCAGGUGGACAGCGGUAACGUCAAGAAUCUCAGCAGCGGCGUAGUGGAAGUGGGGCUGGCGGCAGGGUGGGACAACGUUGUCUAUGCUGAUCGCCACGCUCGCACACACACCGCUUGA